AUGCCAUGGGUCGCCAGAAGCUGCAGCGUUUCAGGCGACUGGCAGGAGACCUCUCCAGCAGAGCAGUGGGGGGCGGCUUCUUACGUAAUCUCCGGGGUUUCCGAUGGGCUGAGUGGUUGUGGCAUUCUUUCUGCUGAUCAGCAAUACAGACCAGAAGAUGCAGCCCUCUUCAAUGCAUCGGGACCUUGUGUGCCGACAGAAGCGGGGUACCUUGUCCUUGUCCGCAAUUUGACCUUCACGAAGGGUUCGAUCUCGAACUGCAGCGAGAUUGUGGUGGGCGGCUUCAGCGGGAGAAGCGCCUGCGGCGUGGACCCACCAAGUGUCAACUCGACGGGGACCUUCUUCCUUUGCAACGUAGUUGUUGAGGGGGGAGUUUGCAGAGGCAUGCUGAACCAAGAAGGCAACAUCCACCUCGGAUUCGUUUCAGAGGCUGUUCCGGUGCCGGCUAGCACUCUCUGCCCGCAGGACGGAACCUGCUAUGACGUGACGCGGUGCUCCGCCGGGUCACUCUCGAACAGCCAUUGGAUCACAAUGAUACCGAGCCUCUUGGGCGUUCUGCUCAUGCACGACCAGCUGCCGGAAGCGAAGACAUGGAGAGAGUUGCGCAGAGAUCCGCGCUUCGACCACAGCCCGGGCAGCAAAUGGCGGACCCAGCUUUUGCCUCAGGAGGAGUCCCAGGAUCCCAAGCGCAUUCAGAUCAGCUUGGUCAAGAGCCAGUCCAUCCAGAGACUCUUGUACCUCCUGGAUGCAGGAGACAUGGAGAGGUGGACUCCGGUGAACUUAGCCACCGCCUGGCAUCGGCUCGCGAAGUUCUCGCGGAACGAGGCUCGCAAGGAGCAGCCCGAGGAGCGGGAAAUGCACGCCUGGCCGAAGCUUUACAAGAAGUGGAAGGGGAAGCCUCCGAUGUCCUUCGAGGGCUGGCGGCUAUCCAGGACUGAGUUGCGGGAUGUGUUCAACAAGUAUGAGCAGGCCAUUGAGAAAGAUGCGUACAACCUGCUGCAGCCCAGCAAGCUUGAGCGGAAACUCCUUGGCGAGGACAUCAUCGAUCGAAGAGUCAAACUUAUCCGCAAGGCCCGCGACGUAAACCGGGACUUUGUGGAUGAGGUGAUUGAGGACCUGCCCGACAUCAUGGCUGGUCCGGAUGCUGGCAUACCUCCGGCACGGCCCGUCGCAGAGGUUCGCAAGCUCCCGGAUGGAGUCGAUACCCUCCCAGGAACUGCCUACGGUACCAUGGCUUCAGUCUUCCUCCACAUCAUGAGGGAUUGGAGCGCGAAGUGCGACCAUGUUGCGGCGGGUCAAUACGCUCCCGUUGUCGACGAACUGAAGGCCCUCCUGCCCAAGGGCAGCACGGUCCUUCAGCCAGGAGCAGGUCUUGGUCGCUUGGCGGUCAUGCUGGCGGCCGAGGGCUAUAAGGUCGAGGCCAACGAUGCCUCGCGCUUGUUCCUGACAUUUGCUGACUACUUUUUGAAUAGAGUGCCUUCAUCGGGACACCAGCUGUUCCCACUGGCGCAUGUGUUCUCGGAGAAUCACGGUCACUUUACGCAAUACAUGGAGAUGAAUGUUCCGGGCCUGCGGGCGGACUCUUUGGUUUCCUCUGAUCCGGUCACCGGGAGGCCUCCCAUCGUCCUGGUGCCUGGCGACUUCAUCAAGACUUACGAGGCAGGUGGUCCUGGGUACCGCCAGUUCGAUGCGCCGGCCCAAGUGGGCGAUUGCACGGAUGUUCGCGAGAAAACAGUCACCUACUCUGCCUUCUGCCUGCUCAGAGAGCCAGGCCUACAAUUGGGAGCACAGCAUGAUUCGCUGAACUCGGUGUUUCGUCUUCAUAGUUUCAACAGCAGUGCAUCCAUGCUGUCCAUGGCGGAGCCAUGGGAAGACUUCGAUGCAUGUUGCUUCCUUCCAUCCGUUCGAGAAGCGCUGCGAGCUCUUGGAUUCGACAAGCCUACACCGGUGCAGGCCAAGUGCUGGCCAGUCAUUGUUUCCGGCUCGGAUGUCAUCGGUGUGUCUGCGACAGGAAGUGGAAAGACAUUGGCGUUCCUAGUGCCGACAAUCAAUGUCUUGCUGCAACAGCCGUCUACACUCAAACGAGGGAAAGCAUUGGCCUAUCCUCGUUUGCUGGUGCUUGCGCCAACGAGGGAAUUGGCGUGCCAGAUUCAUGAGGAAGGCAAGAAGCUCACAACCUGCCUUUUACCGACACUUAGGUCUGCUGCCUUUUACGGAGGUGCAGAUGUGGUGGCGCAGAAGCGGGCCAUGUCCGAACGCAUUCAUUGGUGCUCGGGUACUCCCGGCCGCAUUCGCGACUUCGUGAACCGUGGGCAGCUGUCUCUCAAGGACCUUUCGGCCCUUGUCCUGGACGAAGCGGAUCGCAUGCUGGACCAGGGCUUCGAGCUGCAGAUUCGGGACAUCCUUGACCGACGACCUCUCUCGGUGCAGAUGCUGCUUUUUACUGCCACUUGGACAUCCUCGGGGCAAGUACAGCAGCUUGCCAACGAGUUCCUUACGGAACCACAGCUGAUUCAGGUGGGCAGUGUGGGUAGAACCACCAACCAAAACAUCACGCUCACCUUCCAUGCAUGCUCCAACAUUCGCGAGAAGUUGCCACGAAUGUUGCGUCAGCUCUCUGAACUACAGGGGGCAGAGCGUGCAAUUGUGUUCACGAACACCAAAGCUUCGUGUGCAGGGCUCCAGGAACAAUUGAUGGAGCGAGGCUGUGCAUGUGAAACCUUGAAUGGGGACAUGGACCAGGCCUCUCGAGAGGCCUCGCUGGCGGCCUUCAAAGCUUGCAAGCCUGGGCUACUAGUGGCGACGGAUGUGGCAGGUCGAGGACUAGACAUUGCCGAUGUCUCCUUGGUGGUGAACUAUGACAUGCCCGUCAAUUGUGACUCCUUCGUUCAUCGGGUUGGACGUACCGGGCGUGGCGGGAGGACGGGCCUAGCCGUGUCGCUUCUGAACCGCGCAGAAAAGCAGGACUACCGGGUUGCACAGGAAGUUGCCGAUCACCUGGCAGCUGCAGGCAAGGAGAUCCCUAUUGAGCUGGGGGGAUUUCUGCAAGAAGGCCUGGAAACCUCCAGCAGCUUCACGGGGCGCUCCGGCUACACACACAACACGGGGCUGACGAAUCCGCACGUCGAGCUUCAAGGGCAUCAGCUUGCAAGGAUCCUUGCCAGUGACAAGGCAAUUGUGGAAGAGACUCUUCGACGUGGCCUGCGGUUCAUGAACGUAGAGCGCUCAAAGGCGUUAGAUGAUCGAUUUCGACGUCCCAAGUGGAAAAUUCGGCGGCUUGUCCCACGGAGUGAGCUGGAAGAAGCUGCGUGCAGGCACGAAAGAGCUGCACAAGAGCUGACAAUGCUGACGGAUGAUCCAGGAGUGGUGCAUGCUGUUAUCACCGAUUUGUAUGAUCCCAAGAAGUACGUGGCAACAGAAAUGUUCGAGCUUCCCCGUGCUAGCGAGCACAACAUAUGGCAGUUCUUCGAUCAAGUCACAGAGAUGUUGUUGGAAGCAGACGACGUAGAGUUUCUUGAGCAGAUGACAGUGAACCCUGCUUUCCGGGAAGCGUUGAAGGCACAUUGGGAGAGUGGUGACACAGAGGAUGAAUUCUACUAUCAGACUUUCAGCAAGCUGCCCUUUGUGCAUCUGCAGAACAAGCCCUUUUUGCAUUACCUGUGUGAAGACGGUACAUUUGUGGAGACCCUGAGGCUGCUUCUAUUGAAGUUCUCGCAUCAGACAGCAGAACAUCCUUGGCUCCGGCUUGUGGAUGUUCGAUCACGCGAGAAGCAGUACGGAAACUCGGCUUUCCACAUCUGUGCAUAUGCUGGCCACUAUGAUCUACUGCAAGAGCUCAAAAGGCAUGCUGCGCGACAUCAGGUAGCAGUGGCGCAGCUCAGGACCACCAAGGGCGAAACCGCUUUGGAUGUUGCCCUGGCACAGCAGAACUACGCUUGCUUCAACUUGCUAGCUCCAUUUUUUGGCGUAGAGCCUCGGCCUCAAGCAGUGGAUGAAGCUAAGCUGCGCAGUGUGCUCGUCGUGGAUGCAGUGUCGGCACAAGAAGAGACGACAGCUCCUCGUGAGUCAAUCCCGUUGCCUCAAGAGGUGUCGCUCGCAGAUCUUUCCCGUUGUUUGAGCCGCAUCAUGCAGCAGCUUCCAAAUGUCCCAGAUCUGAUCCUCCUCAAGAAGGUGCACAUUCGCUUGGAUGGCUCUACCCUCGACGAUGCAAGAACAUUCCUCCGGCUAGCUGCAACGGCGACAUCUUUGACAGCCUACAGCUGCACCACUGACAGCCUGGAUGUCUGCACUCACUUUCUCCAGGCCUGCCGACACAUGUACGAGGUCACCGAGCCAGAAUGGGAGCGGCUGUUCUUCCUUCCACUGGUGCGUGGGGAGCCAGACGAGGAUGCCCAGAAGCGUUUCACCUUGGCGACGGAGAGCUUGCUGCGCUGCCUGCAAGAUCGGGCCAGGGCAGCCAAGCUGCGGCUCCAUUCCUUUGGUCGCGAUGGCUCGGCAGGUUUUGCGUACCCGCGCAGGCACCUCAUAAAUCGAGGCUUCGCAGAUCGGGUCCCGGGUGUCUUCCACGUGAACACAUUUAUGCGCAUUCGGGACAGGCUCGAAUCAAAGCUGGAGCUUCAGGAGGCUUCCAAGCUGUCUCAAGUCAGGAAGCGGUCUCGGGAGGGGCGCACACUGUGCAGGGAGGAUCUCGCACAGAAGUACUUCUUCGCAGUGAAAUGGGCUUCACUGGACCGCUUCUUCUAUAACCGUGAUUCGGUGAACGUUGAGAUGGCUGAGUCAGGGCCAGUUGAGGGACUCCGCAGUGCCGUUGAUGCGGAUCUGUUUCUGGAGGUGGCCUCGGACUUGCUGGACAUGUGGAUGUAUCCACUCACAGGGUCCAUGCCUGAAGGACUGCAGCCCAUUCUGGCCGACUACAUGGCCGCAUUGGAUGAAGGACUCUGGACUUUGCUCCAGCACCACCGUUUGCUGCCACAGCUGCUUGCGAUCGUGCAAGGAACGAUGGCCAAGCUGGAGCCUAGUCAUUGGGAGGCUUUGCCGAAGGCUAGCAAGUGGAUGGAGGAUCAUGACAAAAGCCGAAUUGUUUCAGGCCAUAGCGUCUAG